AUGGAAUUUCCUGAACUCCCACCUCUUAAAAUGCAUCGUCGCUCACGAAAUCCUCUUAAAAAUCUCUUCUUUAACGCCUUCACUAAAACCCAUUUCAUCUCUCUCUUCAAUAACUCUCAUCAGUCUUGCACAAACAGGUCAUCAAUUUCUUCCUACUGCACUUCUUUACAACUUACCUCACUAAGACCUAAAUCCCAUUCACCCAUUAAAAAGAAAAACGCUCCUAGAAAGCGGGAUAAAGAGAAACUAAGACGGUAUUCAGAAAGUCUGCGUGAUUGUGCUGCAAAUCGGUCUCUGAACGAGGGUAAAUCAAUACACAAGCAGAUUAAGGAAAGUGAUAUUGAAUUGGAUUCUCAUUUGUGGGUAUCGCUGAUUAAUUUCUACGCCAAGUGUGGGUGUUUGAGUGUCGCACGCCAGGUAUUAGAUGAAAUGCCUCAGAAAGAUGUCGUGUCUUGGACAGCUCUUAUUAGUGGAUUUGUAGGCGAGGGAAGUGGCACUGAAGCCCUCCAGUUGUUUCGUGAGAUGCAUGAAGAAGGCAUUAAGCCGAAUGAAUUCACAUUAGCCACUGUUUUAAAAGCUUGUUGUAUGUCUUUAAACGUGUCUUUUGGUAAGCAGCUACACAGUGAGAUUGUUAAAGCUGGAUUCUUAUCAGAUGGGCAUGUUGGUUCUGCUCUUGUUGAUCUUUAUGCUAAAUGUGGUGAGCUAGAAUAUGCAGAAAAGGUCUGCCUUUUCUUACCUGAACAAAAUCCAGUUUCUUGGAAUUCAUUACUUAAUGGAUUUGCUCUAGUGGGUGAUGACCAAAGGGCUUUAAACCUAUUUUGUAAAAUGAAAGAAACUGAAAUGAAGUUUAACAAGUAUACAUUAUGCACUAUUCUCAAAGGAUGCACGAUUUCUAAAAAUCUAAAAGCAGGAAAACUUGUACAUGGUAUGGCAAUUGUGAGUGGAAGUGAACAUGAAGAAUAUGUAAGUUGUAGCCUAGUUGACAUGUACUCUAAAUGUGGGAAAUCAGAUGAUGCAUUAAAAGUGUUUUCACAGAUAAAAUCUCCAGAUGUUGUAACAUGGAGUGCUAUCAUAUCUUGCCUUGAACAACAAGGAAAGGAAGAAAAGGCAACCGAGUUUUUUUCCAUGAUGAUGUCAUCAGGAAUAAGACCAAAUCAGUUUACCUUUACAAGCAUUAUCACUGCUGCUAAAGAACUAGGUGACUUACAAUACUCUCAAUCUCUUCAUGCUUGUGUUCAUAAAUACGGUUUUGCAAAUGAAACUUUAGUCAACAAUGCAUUAAUCACAAUGUACAUGAAGAACAAAUCUCUUGAUGAUGGUUUAAGAAUCUUUAACACAAUGAAUCAUCAGGAUUUAGUUUCAUGGAAUGCAGUUUUAUCAGGAUUCCAUGACACUGAAAGCUCUCAUGGAUCAAGAAUCUUUAAGGAGAUUCUUGUAAAUGGCUUUAAACCCAAUAUUUAUACAUUUAUCAGUGCUCUACGUUCUUGUGUAACAAGUGAAUUCGGGAAGCAAGUUCAUGGUCAUGUUAUAAAAGAGAAUCUUGAUAGUGAUUGUUACAUUGGAACAGCUUUGAUUGACAUGUAUGUGAAGUCCAAAUGCAUUCAAGAUGCAGAAAAGAUUGUUAAUAGGAUGAAUGAAAUCGACCUUUUCACUUGGACAACGAUAAUUUCAGGAUGUGCACAAACGAAUCAAGGGGAAAAAUCGAUUCUUUACUUCAAUCAAAUGAAUAAAGAUGGUGUGAAACCGAAUGAGUUCACUCUUGCUGCAUGUUUAAGAGGUUGUUCUGGAAUCACAAGUCUCACAAAUGGAAAAAAGAUUCAUUCUUUUGUGAUUAAAGAUGGUUUUGUUAAUGACCCUUUUGUGGGAAGUGCACUUUUAGACAUGUAUGGCAAAUGUGGUUCCAUUGAUGAAGCUGAAAUGAUCUUUGAAGAAAUGGAAUCAAAUGAUACAGUGUUGUGGAACACAAUCAUUAAUCAAUAUUCACAACAUGGAUAUGGAGAUAAAGCUUUGAAAGUGUUUGAAAUAAUGUUGACUAAAGGUAUAUCACCUGAUGGGGUUACCUUCAUUGGUAUACUUUCUGCUUGUAGCCAUUUGGGAUUAAUAAAGAAAGGGAGAGAAUAUUUUCACUCCAUGAGUAAAGAUUAUGGAAUUACUCCAAGUAUUGACCAUUAUGCCCUCAUGGUUGAUAUUCUUGGUAGGGGAGGAAAGUUUAAUGAAGUUGAAAGUUUCAUUGAUGAAAUGAAGUUAACUCACAGUAGUUUGAUUUUGGAGACUCUUCUUGGAGCUUGUAAAGUUCAUGGGAAUUUAGAACUUGGUGAAAAAGUUGCAGAAAAGCUUUUUGAAAUUGAACCCGAAGUGGAUUCUAAUUACAUUAUGUUAUCCAAUAUUUAUGCAUCCAAAGGGAUGUGGAAUGAAGUGGCUAAAAUAAGGGCAAAGAUGUCAAGUCAAGGGAUUAAAAAGGAACCAGGGUGUAGUUGGGUUGACCUUGACCAUGGUGGUCAAACCCAUGUGUUCUUAUCACAAGAUGGUUCUCAUUUUCAGAUACUUGAAAUCCAUCAAAAGUUGAAAGAAUUGGAGGAAAAGCUUUUUUCAAUGGGUUACAUUCCAAAUCUUGAUUAUGUGCUUCAUAAUGUUUCAGAGAGAGAAAAACGUGAAAUUCUUUCACAUCAUAGCGAAAGGUUAGCUCUUGGGUUUUCGCUAAUUAACAAGAACUCGAAUAAAAUGGUGAGAAUUUUUAAGAAUUUGAGAAUAUGUGGAGAUUGUCAUGAGUAUAUGAAGCUUGUUUCAAGAAUCAUAAAUAAGGAUAUUGUUAUACGUGAUGCUAAGAGAUUUCAUUGUUUUAAAGAUGGUUUGUGUUCGUGUCAAGAUUAUUGGUGA